CGGUCACAGCGCGAUCGCUGGCGGGCUGGUGUCCGGGUGGCGGGCAAUUAGAAGGGGCGCCAACCGGCUGUGCCGGUUGGUUACAUUCCAAUUCGAGCCCUCCAGUCGGUCGUACGCAUCAUUCUCUCUCUCCUUCCUGCUUUCCCUUGCUCUCCUCUCCAUCUCCAUCUGCCUCUUAUCCUUUCUACCGCCUUCCUGCUCUCUCUUCGUUCGGUUGAGAGGUUUUCGCUUCUUCUUCCCUUCGAGGAACUCCACCUGAAAAUGAAGGGAGGAAAGGGAAAAGGGGCAACAAAGAAGGAAACUAGGGAAGUACUGAAGCUAGCUGAUGACAGGAAGGUUGGGAAACGCAAGGCUGCUAUUAAGGCAGAUAAGAGUAGCAAAAGACAGGCCAAGAAGGAAAAAAAGGCUGAAAAAGAUCCUAACAAACCAAAGAGGCCUCCUAGUGCUUUCUUUGUUUUCCUUGAAGAGUUCAGGAAACAAUACAAGCAGGAACAUCCCAAUGUGAAGGCUGUCUCAGUUGUUGGUAAAGCUGGAGGAGAGAAGUGGAAAUCAUUGUCUGAUGCUGAGAAAGCUCCAUAUGAAGCCAAAGCUGCAAAAAGGAAGAGUGAAUACGAAAAGCAAAUGUCUGCCUACAACAAGAAACAAGAAAGUGCGACUGAUGACGGUGAUGAGGAAUCUGAUAGGUCAAAGUCUGAAGUCAAUAAUGAGGAUGAAGAGGAAAGUGGAGAGGAGGAGGAAGAUGAGGAUGAGGAUUGAAAACGGGGACAUCUUGACUAUGGCAUUACAGAGAAGCCUGGAUGUGUGACUGUGCCGUAGGUCAAAGUUGCCGGCCCUUGAAAUGAUAAACGAUGUCGUUCUUGUGCCUUUCUAUUUCCAUGUUAGGCUUUGUAUAUUUGUUUCACUUAUCUUGCUUUUAUUCCCAGUGGAACCUAUGCUUGCAAAGGAUACUCAUCCUUGUAUUAGUCUUAUUAGUUGCUAUUUUUUAAUCCCAACCAUAAAACUAUGAUAAAUCCCUUUUGUUGGAGCAUUUGCAUUCC